AUGGCGCCGAAAUGUGAGAUCGUGAAGAAGAGGGUCAAGAAGUUUAAGAGGCCCCAGAGCGACCACAAGAUCUCUGUAAAAGAAAACUGGCGAAGGCCUAAGGGUAUAGACUCUCGUGUCAGGAGGAAGUUCAAGGGAGUCACAUUGAUGACGAACAUUGGAUACGGCUCAAACAAAAAGACAAGGCAUUACCUUCCCAAUGGUUUCAAGAAAUUUGUGGUGCACAAUGCCAAUGAACUCGACCUCCUGUUGAUGCAUAACAAGACUUUCUGUGCAAAGAUUGCUCACAAUGUGUCCACUUUGAAGAGGCAAAAUGUGUCCACUUUGAAGAGGAAAUCCAUUGUGGAGAGGGCUGCUCAGCUCGACAUUGCAGUUACUAACAAGUUGGCGAGGUUGCGCAGCCAAGAAGACGAGUAGAUGGUGGUUUAGUCUCUUUCUUCUUGUUUUAUCAGAGAUUAGUUUUUUAAUCCAACCAGAUAGGCUUUUUGGGAUAAGCUUUCCAUUUUUUUAUAACUGAGACUCUUCAGGGAACUUUGAGUUGUG